AUGGGGAAACGGCUUUCAGGCAAGCACCAGAGGCAUCCACAAAGGAAACGAACUAUGUUCACUGAAAAACAACUAGAAGAUUUGAAGAUCUUGUUCAAUAAGAACCCGUACCCAAACACUGGUCUUCAGAAAGAAAUGGCCUUUAAAAUGGGUAUACGUCCAACAGUGCUGCAGGUUUGGUUCAAGAACCAUAGAGCGAAACUCAAGAAAGCAAAGUACAAGCACAUUCAGCAGAAACAGCAAGGAGCUCAACAACAGCAACUACCCGAGGAAGGAGUCAAGACCAGCCCUUCCAAGAGAAACACGGACACGUCACACAGAGCCCCUGCGGGUGUUUGUCCUGCCUCCUUGGUUUACACAGAUCAUCCAGCACCCUCCUUCCAACUUAGCAUUUGUCCCAACUUCAGAGUCCCGGCAGACCACUCUGUUGGCCACAAAAUAGUCCAUUUUGGCUGCUGCCAAGACCCUAACAUAUACUUCCUGCAUCCCAUUUUUGAACCCCAAAUUCCCCCCCCAAGCUUAGAUUCUAAUUCUUUUGUCUCUUCAUCUCUACAAAGAACUUAA